AUGCCUUCCUACGUGAUAACCGGUGCAUCUCGAGGACUCGGUUUCGAGUUCUUACGCCAACUCUCUGAGGAUCCAGCAGCAAUUGUUAUCGGGCUUGUUCGUGAUAAAGAAGGGACUGAGAAAAAGGUAUCUUCUCAGAUCGGACGCCCCAACGUCCAUAUUCUCCACGGAGAUUUGGAUGAUUAUAAAUCUCUGAAGAAAGCAGCGGAAGAUACCGCAAAGAUCACUGGAGGCGCUGUAGACUAUCUCAUCGCUAAUGGUGCUUUCCUUUCUUCGAAAUUGGCUCUCCUAAGUCUUAACGACAUGGCCGACGAUCCGGAGGGUCUAGAGGAGGAUUUUCUCAGGUCUUUCAAGACCAAUGUAGUUGGAAAUAUCCAUCUUUUCAACUUCUUUCUGCCCCUGAUCCGGAAGGGGGAAGCUAAGAAAGUAAUUUCGAUCUCUACCGGUAUUGCCGACUACGACUUAGUGAGGGAAUUGGAGUAUGAUAUAGCCGGGCCAUACACUACGAGCAAGGCAGCUCUCAACCUCGCGGUCGUCGAGUACCAUGCCCUAUUGCACCACGAAGGGAUUCUGUUCUUCAGUAUCUCGCCUGGUGUUGUUGCGACGGACGGACAAAACGUCGCCACAGAUAAUAAGUCUGAAAAGGAGCUCGCAAACUCCGAAAAGAUGUUUGCCAAAUUCGCCAAAUAUGCACCUCACUUCAAGGGCCCAAUAACCCCAGAAGAGUCUGUCAAGAAAGUCAUGAAGGUUAUCUACAAUGCAAGCCUUGAGCGUGGAGAUGGAGGUUCAUUCGUCUCUCAUUUAGGUACCAGGCAAUGGCUUUAA